AUGCUACCUGCGCCUAUGGCCUCGUUCAAGGUGUUUUCGCCGGGUGGGCGACGGCCUUCUGGGGGCGGCAGCUCUCAAUCAGAGCAGUUAGGAUCGCAACAAGGAUACAACGACGUUGACAACGACGUCUGCCCGCCUGGAUCCAGUGGCAUCUAUAUCACCAAGACCAAGGGUGGAAAGCCUGCGUUGGCUCGCAAGAAGCAUGACAAACUACCAGAGGACUUUGGAAUUGACCUUUUUGGCCAAAACAUCGGUAGCUCAUCUCGUGCAGAUGUAGAGAAGCGGGCUCGUCGCUGUAGGAGCUUCUACUCUCCAAACUCAGGCUUUACUUCACCUUCACCUCCGAGUCAGCCUCGCACGCCACAAACUUCAUUCAAUAACAACAACCAAGCUCGCGAAUAUGGAGCCUCUCCAGUUGGAACAGUGCGUAGAAGUAGACUUCGAUCUGCUUCAGUCUCUACUCCCGAACGCAUCUAUCGUGUCGAAGAGAGCCCGCGCAAUGGUAAUACAUACCACGACAAAGUAUCUGGAGCAAGAGAUGCAAACCAGAUGCCUGUGAACUCUAGUCUUCCAACACAGCAAAUCCCUAUGGUAUCUUCACUGCAUACACCUGUUUCUCCACUAUCGCCAACUUCAUUUUGGAAUAUGAAAGCCAAUGGUAAUGGCACAUUGACUAUGGAGCCUGUCCAAGGUCCUUCGGCUGCUCUACCUACUAACCCUCGAGUAUAUGCUACCUCUACGCAACUACCUGACUACGGCGGCCUACGAAGUCUAGGACAGAGACAGUCUCCUGGUGCGGCACCAACCACCCAAUAUGCACAACCCCCGGUAUACAUGGCUCCUCAGUCUACGGCAGUGCAUUCGUACUUUCAACCUCAUCAGUAUACCGCUCUGUAUCCAGAACCUAAGUCUCCUGCUUUCCCAGUCCCCGGAUCCAUGCAGGUUCCCUUUCCUGCUUUUCCGCUUUCACCAGUAGCACCUACAACGCCCCCGGCAAACUUAUCGCCUGGCGAGAGCAGCAAAGCAGCCUCAAGCAGCGCCAGCACUGCAAGAUUCAUCCCUAGCGAAGCUAAGGAGUUCGAGGAGCAUUAUAGUGCAACUAUGAAAUCUCAAGUACAAGAGGCAAGAAAUGACGAAGGCAAGAAACAGAAGGGAGCAAUAGCAAUAGAGGAAAUUAGCAAGUAUAUACAGCAUGUCCAUAUUUGCGCAGCUUGUGGAAAGAAGCGGUCUAGGGGAUAUCAACGAGCACAUCCGUUGAAGAGGGGCGAAAUACCGACCCGAGACUAUUGCCGCAAAUGCCUCCACCGUGCUCUCAAGGAUAACGAUACUGCGGAUCUUGAUGCUCUUAUGAGCAACAAUACCCGUGAACCUCUACGUCACGCUAGCUACGAGACCGCUGGAACCAUCCGCGAAGAUAAGCCAAUGGAUGCAAAGACCUGGCGUAGCCGUAAGCUGAAGAGAAGACCGGCACGCCUUAAUCUAACAUCAAUGAUCCCAUCCCAAAAGGCUAGUCGAGCAGAUGAUAUGGAGCUGCCUUUGCCAGUAUCCUCAGGAGAAGAGUCGGAUUUCAGCGUCUCAGCGCCUAUUCCUAUCCCAAGUUCCAGGGAAUAUCGCCAUCGAAACAAGCGUGUGGCAUCAUCCGAUAAAGAAACCCGACACAAGGUUAAUAUCAAUUCGUCUACUUCUAAACUUAAGACGUCUCGGGAUCGUCGAGAGAGUUCCCCGGAUGAGGAUGGCAGAUCUACUUUGAGGAAUGCUGCUCAUACUAAGAGUUACAACACGACGGCCAAUCGCGAACCCAAGGGAUCGGCGGAGACGACUUCAGGACUUGGCCAACAUGAAGGUCCCGGUAGAAUCUACGGCAGCGGCAUUGAGGUCCCAUCUCUAACUACCGCCUCGCCAAAGAGACGCACUAGAGUUCCACGACCGAAUGUUCCCAAAUCAGUUUCUGAGACUGUCCCCAAAGUCUCCGCAGGGGGCAUUCCCACGUUAUCGGAAGCUGCUUCCCUAGAGAGCGAGGCUCGUGAUAAGGUGUAUAAGAAUAUAGAUGAUGAUUUCGAGCGUCUCAGCUUUCUCAAGGAAGUCCAGGAGUUCAAGAACAAAUACUCUACCUUUGACGACAAAAGUCCUCGUGCUCAAUGGCCAGCCCGCGAGGGUUAUGAUUCGGCUAAAGAAAAUAGGCCUGUUUACGAUAGAGGACCCAAGACCUAUAACCAUGGCCGAGAGAGGCCGAAUUUAAGCGCGAUGCCCGACUUUGAGCAACCCGCUGGAGGAUCAGGACUUGGUUGGCAUGGAUAUUCCAGUCGCGAACGAAUCGACCGCUAUCAAGAUAAACCCGAAGCACGCCAAGAGUUCCAAGGACAUGUAGGCCGUACAACGGAAGCCGAGCCAGACACGCCAGAUACUCCCACAUGGCCGUCGACACCGACUUCGACGGAUUUACCGUAUGACAACACGGCCUCUAUCCCAGUUUUCACGGACGAUUACUGGGGAGGGGGCGAGGAAGAUGAGGACUGGGCUGAAAAUAGUGCGCGAAACUUGGCCGAGGAAGAACUGGCAUCUGCCGGUAAACUCUUUGACGACUUGACGGGUGGUAACUGGGGUAAAUCUCGUACCUCCUCCUUUUUUAUUCCCACCUUUGUGACUCGCACUGAGAUCUCCGUAGAGUCUCUUCGUUCCAGCGAAGAGCAGAAUUGCGCCACUGCCGAUACUUCGACCGUUACUUACCAACUAGCUGAGACUUCGGAGACGGGCGAGGAUGUCGACCAAAAUGGGUCUGCGAAAACAUUCCGAACCUUCAAGCAGAACAAUGGAGGUGGUUCCCGCAACUGGAUGCCACCGUCGUACCAUGAUACCUGGCAACGAUCCGAUCGAUCCGGUCGACGUGAUACUCCAAGAGAACGACACAAGAAUACUAUGUACCACUUCGAUGAGAGAGAAUCUGGCAGCUCAUUCGACCCGAUGCCCCCGGACCCUACAUCCUCCAUGGCCGGCCAUACAGGACACUCGACGGAGAAUAUGCCGCCCAGCAUGUUUGACUACAACCAGUCUACCACUAGCGGAGGAUGGCAUAAUCACCUCUCUUCGCGACACUAA